AUGUCUGGCCCUGACGGCUCCAUAGUAGAUAAUACCCCUGACAUAGCGCAGAUGUUCCUCUCAUACUUUAAAGAGGUUUACGACUCUCAGCUGAUGUGCUUUGGGGAAGACUUGGACCUGUACUUGUCCAAUAUACCCCUUCCCAGGCUUCUCCCCGAGGCUAGGGAUAUUCUAGACGCGCCUUUGACUUUAGAAGAGGUGACCUCGGCGGUGGGAAUGUCUCCCAGUGAGCAGGAUCUGCAGGACUCGGAGCUGAAAAGAAGAAUGCUGCUCGGCACACCUGGAGACAUGAGCCCACCCCAGCCAGAACAGAAGAAAAUCAAGAGAGACAAGAAGAUAGUUCUUUAUUAGCAAAAAGCGCUUGGAAAAGAACUGUUUAACAUGAGCUGCAAUCAUUUAAACCUGACUGAGAAAGAAUAUUUUGGUUUAGAGUUCAAGAAUAACUCCGGAUACCAAGUUUGGCUGGGACUUCUGAAACCUAUAACCAAGCAGGUGAAAAAUCCUAAGGAAACAGUUUUCAAAUUUAUGGUGAAAUUCUUCCUAGUGGACCCAGGACAGUUGCGUGGAGAGCUGACAAGAUACCUCUUUGCUCUUCAAGUGAAAAAGGACUUGGCAUCUGGAAAAUUAUUUUGCAAUGACAACAGUGGUGCCUUAAUGACUUCUUACAUACUGCAGGCGGAGUUGGGAGAUUUUGAGGAGGAGACAGCCAGGAAACACCUGGAACAGAACCAAUACUUGCCAAACCAAGAAUAUUUGGACAACAAGAUCCUCAAAUACUACCAGCGGCAUGUAGGGAAAUCUCCAGCUGAGUCAGACAUGCAGCUGCUGGACAUAGCUCGGAAGCUGGACUUGUAUGGAAUACGGCCUCAUCAAGCCAUCGAUGGAGAGAAUAUGCAAAUCAACCUAGCAGUCGCUCAUAUGGGUGUCCUGGUGUUACGGGGAAACACCAAAAUAAAUACCUUCAAUUGGGCUACUAUUAGGAAGCUGAGUUUCAAAAGGAAACAUUUCCUGAUCAAACUUCACCCACAUAUUGAUACCCUGUGUAAAGACACUCUAGAAUUCACCAUGGUAAGUCGGGAUGCCUGUAAAGUUUUCUGGAAAACCUGUGUGGAGUAUCAUGCCUUUUUCCGCCUAUCCGAGGAACCCAAGUGUAAACCCAAACCAUUCCUAUGCAGUAAAGGCUCCAACUUUAGAUACAGUGGGAGAACCCAAAAACAGUUAUUUGAUUCCUGGAUUAAAGGAAAAGCCAAGAAUCUCCCCUUUGAAAGAAGGCAUUUUCAGGCGAACCUUCAUGAGAGACAAUGCCGAUCUUCCCCUGAUCUCCUGACUGAAGUGGCAAAACAGCCCAAUGACUUACGCCUGGUAUACACCAGUAGACCCUGCUCCAGAAGUGUCAAUAGUGUGGGUUGGGAUCUGCCUGUGAGCAGCAACCGGAGGAACUCUGCCGUUGAAGUAAUUUAUACAACGGAACUGGAGCACUCUAAACCAGAGAUGGAACAAGUAGCUCUGCAACAAUCCACAAGCAGUACUUCAUUUCCUGGCUAUGGGUACAAUUACAUAGCAGGUGGAGUGUCUCAACAUCGUACACACAGGAGACCUUUGUCUUGCUAUGAGGAAAAUAACAAUUUUGCUAGGAACCUUAAGAGCUCCUCAGAAGGCAGCAUGAGGGAGUUUGUGCCCUCAUCACCAAGAACUUACAUUAAUACAGAGCUGGGGUCAUCCUCAGCAAGACUAGAUGUGAACAGGGCUCCGUCCAAUGUAUACUGCUAUACAGAUGGACAAUCUCCAAUCCCGGCACAAACUUCAGCCAUAGUGGAGGAAAUAAUGAGACUUACCAGUCAAUCUAAGCUGCUUGAAGGGAAAUCAGUGAACCAAAGUGAAAGUGCCAGAAAGUCAAAGGAGUACCAGCAACCAGUAUAUCCCAGGACUAGUUGCCAGAGUAGCACUUGUGUGGUACCCCAAACAGAUACUCAAAUAAUGAGGGUAGACAACAGUCAAGAACCUUAUCCCAAGAGGUCUUUGAGUCAUUCAGACAUGAAGUCUGCAUGGUUUCCACAAAGUUCAGAAUUCAGACCUUUAGGUGUUUACCCAAUAUUAAGCAGAACAUCUAGUGUCUCAAAGCAACAACAACCAUAUCGACUUCUUCCAUUACCACUUCCACCUCCACCGCUGCCGCCGCCGCCGCCACCUCCUCCACCACAAUCUCUUCCUCUAUCAAAGAAAGGGCCACAAGUCACGGAAAGAUAUGUAUACAGUGGGACGGAAUCCAGUGACUCUGAAUCUGAAAUCAUAAAUCCAUACUAUUAUGCUGUAUUUGGGAAAAACAUAAGACAUCCAAUGGCAAGAGUUAGGCUGUCAUCGGGUAGUCUCCAGCUAGAUGAUGAGGAGGAGGAAGUUCCUUUCAAUGUGCAUGCAUGGGAAACAAGAAAGCCCAAUCAAGAGAAGAGACAUUACCACACUUAGUUUAGAAAUAUGCAUUUAUCACACAGAACAUCUGCAUAGGGAAUUGGCCAAUAUCCGUGGACGUGGUGGGCAUUGAUAUAACAGCCAUGAGAUAGCUGCUUUCUUAGUGCUUAUUCAGCCGCCUACAGAUGCACAAAUGUAAAUAGUGAAUUGUUGUGUGGAAAUUGUCUUAGAACAUCUAUGGAGGUCACUUACAAAGUGCACCACAAAAUACCCUGGUUUUGCAGUGGUGACCCCAGGCGGUCUACCCGGGAGUCUAGGAGUCUCUGCUGUCUGAAGUGAGCCUGGGUUAGUGUAGGGGCAGAAAACUUUGAAGAGACACAUAUGCCUAUGAAGAGUUACAUGUACAGCAUUUUAUUUGCAUAAGAUACACAUUUCCAUACAGCGCAUACACAAAAAAUGCAUACACAUACGUCUGUGUCUGUAAAAUGUUCUGUAGCAUUGAUUUGAAUCACCUUAAUACUUGAGAUGCAAAAUGACGGCCAGCAAGUGCAUGUUGGGCAUGUUUAAAUAAUUAUUACACAAUUAGAUGUGGAUGUGCCCCCGGAUACGCUUUGUAAGAGUUACAUCUCUGAUACCCCUUUCACACAUACAUCUAAAACCCGAGUUUUUGCGCGUGAAUGCACAUCGACCCAGGUUUUUGGUAUGUGUGUAAGGGGCCAUGACCCUGCUCUUUACUAGGGUAGGGCUGAGACUCAGGAAUUUGCCAGCUUGAUAGACCCGUCAAUUUCCCGGGAUGUAUGUGUGAAAGGGGUAUUAUUGGUACUGGAGUAGGAUACGUAAUGAUGACUACCAAGGGCAGAUUGGGAUCAAAAACCAGCCCAGGAAAUUUAUGGAAGCAACCCUAAUAGGGGUGGCGGACUGUUGAGGGGGUGGAGUCUGUCAAGUGGGAGGAUUAGUGCUCAGAAGGCCAACAUAUACGAAUGAAUGUAAAACGCAGCCAAAUUUUAGGGGCAUGGCUUAGUGGGAAAGGGGCGUGGCCACAUAAUAGUGCCAACAUUACACCACACAGUAUUGCCACUUAUACACCGUGCACCAGGUAGAACCUCCUAUACACACUGUGCCAGUUUGAGCACGUUAUACAUAUUCCGCCAGAUAGAGCACAUUCUACACUUUGCGCCAGGUAAAGCACAUUAUACACUGCGCCAGGCAGAGCACAUUAUACACUGCGCCAGGCAGAGCACAUUAUACACACUGCAUCAGGUAAAGCACAUUAUAUACUUUGAGCAAGGCAGAGCUCACAUUAUACACACUGCACCAGGUAAAGCACAUUAUACACAUUGCAGUGGGUAAAGCACAUUAUACACAUUGCACCAGGUAAAGCACAUUAUACACUUUGCGCCAGGCAGAGCACAUUAUACACAUUGCACCACGUAAAGCACAUUAUACACUUUGCGCCAGGUAAAGCACAUUAUACACAUUGCGCCAGGUAAAGCACAUUAUACACAUUGCACCAGGUAAAGCACAUUAUACACAUUGCACCAGGUAAAGCACAUUAUACACUUUGCGCCAGGCAGAGCACAUUAUGCACAUUGCACCAGGUAAAGCACAUUAUACACUGCGCCAGGCAGAGCACAUUAUACACACUGCACCAGGUAAAGCACAUUAUACACAUUGCAGUGGGUAAAGCACAUUAUACACAUUGCACCAGGUAAAGCACAUUAUACACUUUGCGCCAGGCAGAGCACAUUAUACACAUUGCACCAGGUAAAGCACAUUAUACACUUUGCGCCAGGUAAAGCACAUUAUACACAUUGCGCCAGGUAAAGCACAUUAUACACAUUGCACCAGGUAAAGCACAUUAUACACACUGCACCAGGUAAAGCACAUUAUACACUUUGCGCCAGGCAGAGCACAUUAUGCACAUUGCACCAGGUAAAGCACAUUAUACACUGCGCCAGGCAGAGCACAUUAUACACACUGCACCAGGUAAAGCACAUUAUAUACUUUGAGCCAGGCAGAGCACAUUAUACACACUGCACCAGGUAAAGCACAUUAUAAACAUUGCAGUGGGUAAAGCACAUUAUACACAUUGCACCAGGUAAAGCACAUUAUACACAUUGCACCAGGUAAAGCACAUUAUACACUUUGCGCCAGGCAGAGCACAUUAUACACACUGCACCAGGUAAAGCACAUUAUACACAUU